CAGUCCAAACAGGACGUUUAAAUGGCUCCACUCAGGACCGUGAACCUUAUAGCGCGUUAAUAACACAUUUACGGCAAUUUAUGAGGAAAUACGCGUGUAAAACUAUCGCAGGCGUUCAGUAGCUUGUUCGUCUUUAUAUCAGUGACGGGUUUUGUACGUGGCUUUAGCCGAAAUGAGCGAAGAGGAGGCGUUUUUGCAGAAGGCUAAAGCCGGGUUUGAGGACCUGUGUCGGGCUGUGAACAUGGACGAAGAGGCGAGCACCGAGGCGUGGAAGACUUACGAAAAUAUCAGCAGGAAUUUCACUCUGGAGGGAGAUGAGAGACACUGGUUGGUCUGUGCUCUGUAUGUCGCCUGCCGCUCUUCGGUCCCCACUGUCAGCAAAGGCACAUCUGAAGGAAACUACGUGUCUCUGACCAGGAUCCUGCGCAGCGCCCCCAUGAGCCUGAUUGAGUUUUUUAAUAAGAUGAAGAAGUGGCAGGACAUGGUGAACCUGCCUGAGGACUUCUGCCGGAGCACAGACAAACUGGAGAGAAACUUCACCGUCUCCGCUGUCAUCUUCAGGAAAUACGUGCCCAUUUUCAAAGCCAUUUUCAAAGCUCCGAGUGAAGAGCCAGCCCGAGUGCACCGCAGCAGGAAGCAGAGACGACACCCCUGCACUGUGCCCGAGCUCUUCCACUUCUGCUGGGUCCUGUUUGUCCAUGCCAAAGGAAACUUCCCCAUGAUCAGUGACGACCUGGUGAACUCAUACCACCUACUGCUGUGUGCUGUGGACCUAGUGCUCUGCUGCGCUCUCUACUGCCCCUGCAGGAAGGAGCUGCUCAACCCCAACUUCAGAGGUCUCCCAGAGGACUUCAGCUCUAAGGACUUCCGGCCCUCGGCUCCGCUAUGUUUCCUGCAGCCUUUGUGUGACCUCCACCAUGGCCUGAUCCUCGAGGCUAAAGGCGUCAAAGAGCACUUCUGGAAGCCGUUCAUCAAGAAGCUGAUGCACAAAAGGAUCCUCAGGGGUAAAGAGGACACACUGACCGGGUUUCUGGAUCCUAUGAACUUUGGAGACAGUUUCACAGGGUUGAAUCGCACUUAUGAGGAGCAUGUUUUGGCGUCUGGAGGUCUGGAUGAGAGGAUCUUCACUGGAGAUGGAGCAAGAGAGGACAUUGGGACCCCAGGGCCGUGUCUGUGUGAGGGCGAGGAGAACCAGGACAGCGCCACCUACAGGCUGCACUCCAGUCUCACUGCGUCUGCUCUGAAGGUGUCCACUCCACUCACAGGGAGGAAGUACGUACAGGAGAACAGCCUCUGCUCCCCCAUCUCCUCUGCUCUGAAGAGUGUGGGGCGUCUGCAUACGCUUCUGUCAGGGACCAAACAGGGACCCAGCCACCAGCUCUCCACCAUACUCAAAGCAUGUGCCAGAGACCCCACUGAAGGCAUCACUCUGCGUUUGAAGGAGAUGUCUCAAACUUUCUAUCAGCAUUUUGAGAGCAGCGCAGAGGAGAGCAGAGGCAUGGGCAAAGACAUGGCGGUGAAGUACUUUGGCCUGGCAGAGACGCUGUACUACAGAAUACUGGAGUCCAUCAUCGACAGAGAAAAGGGGAUUCUGGGAGAGGCUGAUCUGUCUAGUGUGUUUGAGCAAGACCUUUUCCAACGCUCCCUCGUCGCCUGUUGUGUUGAGAUCGUCCUCUUCUCAUACAGACCUCCAGGAGACUUCCCCAAAGUCAUCAACAUCUUCAGCCUUCCAGCGUUCCACUUCUAUAAGGUGAUAGAGGUCUUGGUGCGGUCAGAGCAGAGCCUAUUUCGGGAGGUGGUCAAACAUUUGAACCAGGUCGAGGAGCAGGUCCUGGACAAUCUGGCCUGGACCCGGGACUCUCCUCUGUGGGACAGUCUGAAGGCCAACAGGGACCAAGUGCCGUCUUGCAAAGAGGUGAUGCCUCCUCAGUACCUGGAGCAGAGCGACGAGGGCAGCUCCAUGACCCUCCCUCUGACCCCCGUGAACCAGGGACCAGACCUGAACUCAAACAGCACCAGCAAAGGAGUAUCCCCCUCUCCCACGACUCUUAUGGAUCGCUACAGCUCUCCUCCGGCCUCAUUUAAACGGCGUCUGUUUGUGGAUCCUCCAGAGACCAGCCCCAAAGCCCCCUCCUCCUCCCCGGUGCCACCCAGAACUGUGGCCUCUCUGCCCCCUUCUCUCCCCUCUCUCUCCCCCUCUGCCCCAGGAAAGACAACCAUCGUGAGCUCCAUCCCCUCCGGACAAACUGUGGUGGCUACAGCAACUUACUCAGCCAACAACGGCCAGACCCUCACCAUACCCGUGCCAGGGAUAGCCAAUCAGAGCGGAGGUAUUACAUUCAUUCUCCCCGCUCCAGUGAAUGUAACACCACAGGGAGGAGCCACUCUUCAGCCAAUCACAGCGCAGGCUUUAACCGGGCCCUUCACCGUCCAAUCUGCCGUGGCCAAACCGGCCGCCAAAACAUCACCAAAACCCAACGCUAGCCCCGCCCCCAACGCCGUGAAGAAGGGGUCUCUCUCUCUGUUCUUCAGGAAGGUGUACCAUUUGGCAUCUGUCCGUCUGAGGGACCUAUGUGUAAAGCUGGACAUUGGGUCAGACCUGAGGAGGAGGAUCUGGGCAUGUUUUGAGUUUUCACUGGUCCACUGCACUCAGCUCCUCAUGGAUCGAAACCUGGACCAGCUACUCAUGUGCGCCAUCUACGUCAUCGCCAAGGUGACAAAGGAGGACAAGUCUUUCCAGAACAUCAUGAAGUGCUACCGGACACAGCCACAAGCUAACAGCAACGUUUACAGAAAUGUGCUGAUAUCAGAAAGGACGAGGCCAACGAGCACCAAAACAAACUCUAAUGAAACCAGCCAGGACCAGACCGGCACAGAAGAGGGACCUGUGGCCACUCUUUCCCCAAGCAACAACACCCAACCCAUCUCAUCUCCAACUGAUUUAAAUACUUCUACUACUACUAGUACUUCUACUACUACUACUAUGAUUAUUUCCUCUACUACUCCUAAUUCUGAGGAGGAGGAGAGAGGAGACCUGAUUCACUUUUACAAUAACGUGUACAUUAAACAGAUGAGACACUUUGCUCUACGAUUCUCGCCCAGCUCUGGCUCGGCUGUGAACUCUCCUCCUGUGGUGCCGUACCCCAGUCUAAGGAGUGGCUCCCCCCGCAGGAUGCUUCUGUCUUCCAAACACUCCAUCUACAUCUCACCUCACAACCUCAGCUCCACAGCUCCACCUAAAGACAAGCUGUGCUACUACAUCGGCACCAGCCCGCCUCAUCGCUUACAGGAGAUAAACACUCUGAUCCGGUCUGGAGAGAGUCCAAAUAGAAAGCGCCCCCUGUGUGCAGAGGAGGAGACUGCGCCCAAACGCCUAUGUCCAGACAGCUCUGCUCUGCUCCGAAGGCUCCAGGAUGUGGCCAACGAUCGCAGCUCCAACCACUGAGGGGCGCCGUGGAGCAGGACAACACAGCAAAUCAAAGUGGGAAAUUCAAAUACCACCUUAAAAAUAUGUGGCUUUACAAAUACCACCUUAAAUGAACUAAAUCAAGUCAAAAUAAUAUUAAUAUUUUAAAUAAAGUACUUCUACCCAGAAAUCUAAAAAAGCAUCAAGCUAAGACUAAACUAGAUCUAUACCCAGACUGAACCCGGACAUACAUUACUGAGUACCACCUUUUUCUAAGCAAUAGGAACAUACAGGUGGAUCUGGUCUAGACCUGGUUUGGUCCUGGUUUAGUCCUGGUUUAGUCCUGGUUUAGUCCUGAUUUAGUGCUAUAUUAAAUCUUGUUUUAAUCCCUAAUUUUUACCAUUUUGUAAAGAAAACACUGUAGAAUGUGUCUUAUAAUAAUCACAUGUGUUUGGUUUAUUCUUAUGAGACAAUCAGUUUUAGUACAAACCUUCAGUAAAAGAUUUAUCAUUUAAAAUAAUUCUAGCACUUAAUGUUUUAAACAAAAUAACUCACGUUUACAUCUUUGAAACAACAUUAAAGUGCACUGUUAACUUGUCUGGUAGGGAGUGCCUGCCCCCUCUUUAUCUCCAUGGAGAUACAAUUGCUUUGCCUACAAUGUUCCACAGUAUGGCAUUAAACUUAUCUAUUGCCAUGAAGAAGUAGGUGGUGUCUAGUUACAGGUCAUAUCCGUGCAGUGGGGAGCCUGUAUCAUUUUUCAAGGUGUUUCUUUAGUGCCAAUAACACCUAAUAAAUGCUAGAUGUGUUUAAUGCUAGUCUGUGGAACAUGCCAUUCAAAUCAACAUCUCCAUGGAGAAAACAAGGUAGUGGAAGUCCCAGCAGAAAAGUUACAUAGUGCACCUUUAACUUAUUCUAACUUUGGAACAAAGCCGUAAUUUUAAAAUUACAUUAGUUUUUAAAUUUUGACUGAAAUCCGUUUAAUGAAGUUUUAAUCAUGUUUCAUUUUUAUAGAGCUGCAAUGUUACACAACCAUACCUGUCAUCUGUAUUCACCAACAAGAAACCUGCACUGGGCUUAUUUUAGCCAUAAAGGCACACUAUGUAACCUUUCUGAUGGAAGAUCUGUCAUCUGCUUGCCUCCAUGGAGAUGUUAUUGCUUUGCGUGGAAUGUUCCACAGUGGCAGUUUGGUAUUGAUACUUUGCAGUGGCAUCACACUGGGGCUGUUCUACAUGUAUGUCUAUAUAAUGAAAUGUUCAGCAGUAACCAUGGAGACAUGACACAUUAGCAAACACUGUCAAGAAAGGUUUAAGAUUGUUUGAAAACUCAAGAAAAAUACAAAAUUGAAUUAAACAGCACAUUUUCAGGAGCCUGUGACUCGAGCGUUCAUGGUCCUGGAAUGCUGAUGACAUGAGUUGCAAAGUAUCAAACAUCUAUCUCCAUGGUGAUGAGACUAGGCCAAGUAACAGGUCAGAUCUGUGUAAAAGCAAGCCCACUCAGAGUAAGAAUAUUUUUAGGGCAUCGAAAAUGUCUGUAGUCUGAAAAGUUACAUAGUGCACCCUUAAUAUCUCCAGCACAAAUAAUGGUUUGACUAGCUAGCCAAUCAAAAAGUAGUAUUUGCCGACUUCUCGUCUACCAAAUUAGUUUUAGCCAUAUGUUUUGUAUUACCACCUGACUUUGAUGCUUAAACAUUUAAGCAUCAAAGUCAUAAAAGGUUAAAGGUAUAAUAACUAUAUUUAAUCACAACUUAAAGGGACUGUAUGACUGUAUUCUCUGAUCUCAGUUUUAAUGUUGUUUCCUCAUCACACACAGACCUGGAGUUGUGUUUCGUUGCAUUCACAUGUUUAACACACAAACCCUGCAGAUUUAGGCUGAGUUCUCUCAAACAGAAAACACUCUGUUCCACCUUGUGAUAUCAUCAAGUGGUAAUACAGGAAGUGCUCCACUGUGUUUUUAAAGUCCACACACCUUCACUUGAAUCAUUUGGAUGAUUUCAGUCCUGUAAUUGCAAAACUCUAAUGAACUAAAAGGUAAAAGGAGGUGUUAACUUGGAAAACUACCGCUUCAUGAUAUCACAAGGUGGAACAGAGCAUUUUGAGCUUUGGAGAUGUAGACAGACUAAUAAUAAAGUGUUACUCAAACAUGUGAAUGAAACAAAACACAACUCCAGGUCUGUUCUUGAGGAGGAAACAAAACAACAUUAUAACACAACUUAAAGUUCACAAGAGUCAGUUUUGUGUGAUGUAAAACCUUUUAAGUGCAUAUAUGCCAGUUUAGACUGCUCAUUUAUCUAAAAUAUAGUUAGCAUCAUUAUAUUUAAGCUUUUAUGUCCUGGUUGGACAUUGUAGAGGUAUGUUACCUAGCAACCAUAAUGUGAACAAAGUCCAAAACUUGACUAAAUUACAUAAUAGUUAUAAUUAGACUAAUAAAAAUGAAUGACAACACCUUUAUGGAGUAAAUGAAGGUUUAAACUGUCAGAAAACCACCUUCUUUGUGGGUAAAUUGUAUCUAUAUUUUGGGGGGAUUCUAUUUUAAAAAUCAACACCACUUCCUGUAUUUUUGUACUUUUCUCCACAAUCUCCCACUUAACUGAAGUAAAACUGUAGAUCUAGCAGAUUCUAUCCAUCAGAGUCAGAAUUAUAAGCAUAUGAAUCUGUUGUAUGCACUUUGCUUUAAUUCCAUCACUCCUGUCCUGUGUAAAACCCCGUCACCAGUGUUCUUCAUGUGUGUAGACUGUAAAUAUGUGUAAGAUAUAGAGAUUUAAAGCUAUUUUAUUAUGAACCACGUAGUUAUUAUGAAGUGCCUGUUUUUGUAUUUCUGAAACUGAACUCAACGACUUCACUGUAAAAAGAUCAAAUAAAGGUAAAAACAUGUCAGUUUUUUUUUUCUGGUAUUUUAAUAUAAAUUUCAUU